ACACGCCUGUAGCGUGUGAGAUUCUAUAGUUGGCUUCAUCUCUCGGCCAGGACUCGCUUUCGGAGAUUUCCGCGCGGGAUUCGAGACGCCUUAACUCGUCCUCCACAUUCGCGGCUUCCAUUCUCGUUCGCUCGUUCCGCGCGUCGGCUCGCCGCGCCGUCAGAUUCGGCACUUCGUUUCGAAUCCUCCUCGUUCGAGGUGCGCGGUUCCGUGCUCCAGCUCGACCCUAAGGGGGGCCUUCUAGUCGCACGACCCGCUCUACCUCCCUCCCCCCCCCUCCGCCCCCACACCCGACCAGCACCAGCACCACCAGCACCACCAGCACCAGCACCAGCAGCAGCAGCAGCAGCAGCAGCAACCCCACCCCCAGCAGCAGCCGCAGCAUCGCCACCUGAGCAGCGGCAUGGCGUGCCGGGGCUUCCUGCAGUGCCUGCUGAAGCUGUUCAACUUCGCCCUCGCGCUCGUGGGGGUACUCCUCCUCGUCUACUCCGUCUCUCGCCUCGUGCAUCUCGACCCCGACCUCACACCGCCCUCGCCCAAACCACCCAGCUCCCCUCCUCCUCCCUCUCCUUCUCCUCCCUCUCCUUCCCCUCCAUCGCCAUCUCCCGCUCCCUCUCCAUCUCCCUCGCCCCCCUCCCUCUCCUCCUCCUCUGGCCUCUCCUCCGCCCUCCCGUCAUCGCUUAAGCUGCUCGCCACACCUGAUUCGUCACCUUUCCUCACCACCCUUAACAGUGGCGGCAGAAGCAGCAGCAGCAGCAACGGCGGCGGGAGCAGGAGGCAUUUAGGCGCGGAAGGGAAUGAGCUGCGGCUGCCGUACCUCUG